AACAAAAUAGGGAAUUUGUUAACUUGUGGUCAGCUCAGAAAGGAGAAGCUCCCAACGAGGGAGUGCUGGGGACGGUGCCCACAAGGAGAGGCACCCACUGCUCGAGAGGAUCCUUCUGCUGCAUCGGCUCCACGCUGGGGACGCCACGCUCCCUGGGGACAUGGGUCCUGCUCUCCUCCUGCUGCUCACCACAGCUGGCUUCUGGCCUGGCUCAGCAUCUCCCGUGAUCAGCCCUGAUCUCCCUGCCCUGGUUGUCAACACGGGUGAUCCAGUCAUCUUGCACUGCUCAGGAGAGUCUGAAGUUGCGUGGGACAGCAAAAAGAACUCGUUCAGUAACCACASCACCAGCACUCUGAGUAUUCCUAAGGCCACUUACAGGAACACGGGCACCUACAGCUGUGCUCACGUCAACAGCAGUGACCAGGGCGUUGCAGCCAUCCACCUGUUUGUGAGAGAUCCUGACAAUGUCUGGUAUAUCCCGGUCUUCCGGAUCAGGGCAACCAAAGGAGGGAAUGUGGAUCUGCCCUGUCUCAUCACAGCCCCCGAGUACGGAUCCAACGUGACUCUGGUCAUGGAUGGUGCCUCUCCUCUCCCACCUGGGACCAACUACUCCUUCAGUGCUGAGAAAGGAAUAACUCUGUACAAUGUGCAAAGCAAGCACAAAGGCUCUUACCGAUGCCAAGCGCAGAUAAAUGGAAGAACAGAGAAYUCACCAAGAAUAAGACUGCUUAUGGAAGAAGCUCUGGAGAAAUCGGUGUCAGUGAUGAUGGACCCUCUGGACCACGUGCGAAUCGUGGGCGAGCCUUUCCAAGUCACCUGCAGAGUGGUUGCUCCUUCCCACAAGUACGACAUCAGAUGGGUGACAGCAGCAAAUACAGUCACGAGAACUAGAAAGCUUGACUUUGAAAAUGAUAACUACUUCAUCAAUGACASCCUGUCCAUCCCAGCCGUGACCAUGGAAGACAGUGGGAAGUAUGUCUGUAUAGCCAACAAUUCAGUAGGAAUCAGGAAUGCCUCAGCAAUGCUUCAGGUAGUAGAGAGAGGUUACGUGUACCUGACCCCAGAGCAAGCCACCAGCCAGGAGGUUGCUCUGGGAGAGAGUUUGAAGCUGCAGGUCCACAUUAAGGCUUACCCCAAACUUCUCCACUGGGUCUGGGAACACAGGAACCCCUUGAAGAGCUCUGGGACUGCCGUGUUCAAGGGACAAAUGAUCUCUGGAAACAACUGGUACAACGCCACGCUGCUCCUGAACCGCCUGCAGGAAGGAGAGGGAGGCUUCUACACCUUCCAUGCCCUCAACAAUGCSACCAAUGGAUCAGUUACCUUCAGCAUCUCUCUGAAAUCUUCUCCAAGGGUCUGCAAAAUCAAGGUGCCAGCCAAUGACUCCAGCAUCCUCCAGUGCACGGCCAUCGGGUACCCUGCCCCACGCAUUGAGUGGUACCAGUGCCCCGUUCACUCRGACAGGUACAGUGAGGACUACAGACUGAUACGGAAUGACUCCAGACCACAGGUGGUGAACAUGUUGCCCUUCCAAGAGGUGGAGGUGGAGAGCAGCAUCCUCUUCCAGGAGCUCAGUGACAAUUUCACCUUCUGCUGCGUGGCCAUUAACGGAGAAGGGAACGCCUCAGACAUGCUUCACUCUCUCACCAUCACCAGGAGUGUCGUGGCCCUUCCAAACAAGCUCUUCAGCCCUGUUCUCUCCACCUGCAUAGGCGCCCUGGUGCUGCUGCUCCUGCUGCUSCUCYUSCUGCUCUACAAGUACAACCAGAAACCCAAGUACCAGGUGCGGUGGAAGAUCAUUGAGGCCUGUGAAGGGAAUAAUUACAUCUUCAUYGACCCCACUCAGCUGCCAUACAAUGAGAAAUGGGAGUUUCCCAGGAAUAACCUCCAGUUUGGAAAAACUCUUGGAGCAGGAGCCUUUGGAAAAGUGGUAGAAGCCACAGCUUUUGGGCUGGGCAAAGAAGAUUCGGUGCUCAAAGUGGCUGUGAAGAUGCUAAAGUCAUCUGCCGACACAGACGAGCAGGAGGCUCUCAUGUCUGAGCUGAAGAUCAUGAGUCACUUGGGACACCACGAGAACAUUGUYAACCUGCUGGGAGCGUGUACCUGUGGAGGCCCAAUCCUUGUCAUCACCGAGUACUGUCGCUAUGGAGAUCUGCUGAAUUUCCUGCGCAAGAAGGCUGAAUCCAUCAUUAUCCAGGAUUCUGCCCUGGACACCUCUCUAGACAGCACUGCUGAUUACAAAAACAUUGACCURGAGAAAAAAUACAUCCGCAGCGACAGCGGCUUUUCAAGCCAGGGUUUGGAAACAUAUGUUGAAAUGAGGCCUGUGUCAUCAUCAUCRUCUUCAUCAGCAUCAGAUUCUGCACAAGUCAGGGGGAGAAGCUCGGAGGAAGAAGAUGAAGCCAGGGAGGAUCUGCGUCCCCUCAAUCUGUCUGACCUGCUACAGUUCUCCAGCCAGGUGGCUCAGGGCAUGGCAUUCCUCGCAUCAAAGAACUGUAUCCACCGUGACUUAGCAGCCAGGAACGUGCUCAUAUCAGACGGACGGGURGCCAAGAUCUGYGACUUYGGCCUGGCCCGGGACAUCAUGAAYGACUCCAAUUAUGUUGUGAAAGGCAAUGCCCGCCUGCCCGUGAAAUGGAUGGCCCCAGAGAGCAUCUUCGACUGCAUUUACACCGUGCAGAGUGAUGUGUGGUCUUACGGCAUCCUGCUCUGGGAGAUCUUCUCCCUYGGGAAGAGCCCAUAUCCCGGCAUGGUGGUGAACAGCAAGUUCUACAGCAUGGUGAAGCAGGGAUACCAGAUGGCCAGGCCCGACUUUGCUCCCUUGGAAAUGUACAGCAUCAUGCAGGCAUGCUGGAGCCUGGAACCCACACGGAGACCCACCUUUGACCAGAUCUGCUGCUUCAUCCAGAAGGAGCUAGAGGUGCAUAAGGAGCAGGACUACACCAACCUCCCCUCCAGUGCUGAGGAAGACAGCGGCUGUGACACCUCUGGCUGCUGUGAGGAGUCCUGCGAGCAMGAGGAGAGUGGGCAGCCCCUCCUCAAGGGCAACAAUUACCAGUUCUGUUAGAGGGGACCUUCACCCUGGGGUUCAUCCUUGUCCUGGCUCCACAGAGCUCAGCCUAGGACACAGACACCUUCUGCUUUGGCCUUCUCUGUGCUUUCUGAAGUGUGAGUGUUACUGACUCUCUCACCAAAAGGAGAGCAAAGGAGUCACCGUGGGGUCCCUGAAGUUUCAUCUCACACAUAGCAUAGAGCUGUUAGCAUGGUAACAGGCUCCAUCUCUACGAGGUACACAGAGGUCCCCACCACCUGCCUCCCCACGCCCCAGAGAAGGCUGUGGGAGUUUGGGUUUAGUAGUUUUUUUAAAAAUAGUGGUCACAGCCAAGUAAGACAUUUCCAAGUGUCACUCAUCAGUGAAACUUUGUGUUUUAURAGCACAUCUUGAAAUAAGUCCUGGCACUGGAACUUCUCCA